UUGUCUCGCGGGCCCAACCCUCCGGGCUAGCUCCGACCGCUUGUCUGGAGGCUUCCCCUACGGGGAGGGGAGCCGCUGGUCCGGGUCCGGGUCCGGGUCCGCGUUCGGUGGUAGUGUUUGGAAGGUAUGGCGCUGAGUUCGGUGAUGCCGGGCCGUGGGCUCCAUGUGACGUGCCUAGCGGUGAUGGUGCUGAGCGGGGUUCACCUCACUGUUACCCUGCUCUACUACCUGGACAUGCACGUCUACAGCGGGCAGAUGGUGCGGCGCUUCGGCAGCUUCCUGGUGGCGGAUAGGAUCGACACAGAGGCGGGCACGGUCCCGGUCCCCAACACCACAAACGCCAACGGCAGCGUCGAGUCCCCGUCUCCCUCUCGCCCGCCGUUACAGCCGUGUCCGGACACUUCACCGCAUCUCGUGGGACCACUUGCAAUAGAAUUUUCUCAGACUGUUGAUCUAGAAGAUGUGAAAAAUACUAAUCCAUUGUUAAGGGAAGGAGGCAGAUUUGCUCCAGUAGACUGUACAGCUCUUCAGAAAGUUGCCAUCAUCAUUCCUUUUCGCAAUCGAUUUGAGCAUUUGAAGUAUUGGUUGUUUUACUUGCAUCCAAUUCUUCAGCGCCAGCAACUGGAUUAUGGGGUGUAUAUCAUUAACCAGCAUGGAGAAGAUACUUUUAAUCGUGCCAAACUUCUCAACGUAGGUUUUAUGGAAGCUUUGAAAGAAUACGACUACAACUGCUUUGUAUUCAGUGAUGUUGAUUUGAUUCCCAUGGAUGAUCGAAAUAUAUACAGGUGUUACAGCCAACCAAGGCACCUGGCUGUAUCAAUGGAUAAAUUUGGUUUCAGAUUACCGUAUAACCAGUACUUUGGAGGAAUAUCAGCUUUAAGUAGAGAACAGCAUGAAAAAAUUAAUGGAUUCCCUAAUGAUUACUGGGGCUGGGGAGGAGAAGACGAUGACAUCUACAACAGGAUAAUUUUCAAAGGCAUGAAGAUUUCUCGUCCAAGUGGUGGCAUUGGGAAAUGCCGUAUGAUAAGACAUAACAGAGAUAAAAAUAAUGCACCUAACCCUCAGAGGUUUAACAGAAUUUCUAAAACAAGACAGACAAUGGAACAUGAUGGUUUAAAUUCACUCAAGUACACGGUGUUAGAGGUCAAGAAAUAUCCCUUAUACACCUUUAUUGAUGUGGAUAUCGGUGGGCCUGGAAGACCACCUUCAAGAUAAGAAAAAGUGGUGAAGAACUCGGUUCUUAAAUUCAAGAGCCUUUCUGUUCAUCCUGUCUACCAUGUGUGCCUUAUUAAUUUAACUUCAUGUGCUGUGUUUUCUCCUGGUUUUAUCAAGAGUUGUUGAUGUUGAACUCAAAUUGCCACUGGGAAUUCGUCAUGUCAGCUCCAGAAACUUGAACAUCACAUUUGGUGGACGGUUUCAGAAUUACGCCCUUAUUUCAAAACAAACUUUUAAAGUCUGAAUGCUAAAGUAAUUUUCCAUUUGUUUUCUAAACUAGGUGUGACUUUCAGGCUGUCAGGAACCCCCAUCACUAUGUUCUAAAUAUGUUGCUUUGUUUGUCAGUCAGCCAUCAGCUGAAGCGUGUGCUGUUAUUUCACUUCAGAUCGCAGUUGAAACAUUUGUAAUUUAUUUGUGUGCGCUCACACAGAUGUCUGAGAAUAUGAUACCUGAAAUGUGAUACAGACCCAGCAAAGGCAAGCUGCCUAUUUGCCAAUGAAUUGCAUUUCACUGUUAUAAGACUUUGGCUAAGAUGAUUGAAUUUUCUCCUAGAGUAAAAAUGUGUUCAACAUUGAAUUUGAAGAGUGAUGUCCCAUCAGAAUUCAGCUAUCCAUUGUGAAUUCAAGUGUUGUGAAAAGGCCUUCGGGUCACUAGGGAUACUGGCUAGGACAGUAACAACUGAUAUAUUGCCACUUUGGCGCUUUUGCGUUUUUUUCUCAAUGUGAGUGAUCUUGAUAAGACCAUAAGAUAUAGGAGCAGAAUUAGAGCAUUUGGCUCAUUGAGUCUGCUCUGUCAUUUGAUGGUCCCAUUUAUUGCCCACCCCUCAUUCUUGUACUUGCUAUUGGUUAGGAUAUUCAGGAUGCGAACCUAUUGAUGAAAUUAUGGUAAUAUAUAUUUGUAUAUGGAAUAUGAGUUGAAAGAUGUGGUUGUUUCAAUGACCUCACCUAAAAUUGUUUUACAUCAAUGUGAAAAUAUUUCCUUGUCUUAAUGUUUGGUAAUCAAAUGGAAGGGUAGUUUCCCCUCUGAAGGUGGUGGAGAUAAUGCUUUUGUCUAUAAACAAUACAUCUCAAAAACUAACAGAAUUUCAUCAAAACUUGGUAUGCAAAUAGGGCAUCUCCCAAGGAAGAAAUGGUUAAUUUUUAGCAAACAUACAGGCUUGGAAUCUUGGAUUUUAUUAAAAGCAUUUGUUAAUAUUGAAGUAUAUUCUGAUAUAGAAUAUUGUUUCUUGUAUUUGCAAUUUGUUGGUUAUCACAGCAGUCAAAAUAUGAGCACGUGAAACCAGUUCAUUAAAAUGAAAGGUUUUGUCUUUUUAUAAUGAUCUAACUACAUAAUUAAUCAGUCAGGAAAAACCUUGGAGAUGCCUAACAUAAUAAGGUUGUUAAUAUAGCAUAAUUGAGCUGUGCAUGCUUUUUAGUUCCCUCUUCAGUUGUUAUAUCUGAUUCCAUCUGUCUCCCCCUCCCCCUCUCUCUCUCAGGAAAAUACCAUCGCAAAUGCAUGUCUGACUCUUCAUACUUGUACAAAUACAUGCAUGUGAUACACAUUCUUCAGUCUCUUUCAGACCUCUGUGCAAUGUGCACAUGCUUCAUGCAUCAUACCACAUACAGGCAUUAACAGUGCCAUUUGCUGUGAAUGCACACAUCUUCCUUGUGUAGACUCUUAAAGCGUGCACAAAACUGGGUGUGAACACACUUUCACACACGAUAUGUUGCUUUUAGACUGAGAAUUUCAGCUGAAGAAUAUGAUUCAGAUGUCAUAUCUAUAGGCUGCAUCAAAAAUAUCCCUUGCUGCUGCUUUGAUUCUUAUCCAAAGUGUAAAGAAGAGAUGUGAAUAGAGUGGUCAUUGUCCUAUCAGGGUCCAUUCUAUUCAACGGCAAAGUGCCCAAAGUGGCAUUGUCAGACCAACACCAGAUUUUAGCCAAAGUUGCAUCAAUGGAAUUGCCAGCAUUUAUGAGAGCAGCAAGAUUUUCUGCUGACAGGAUGUAUUUCAUGGCCAUUGCUGUUACUUCUAGAACUUUCAAAGUGCUAUUGCCACAGAUUUCAUUCUUGUGUACAAGUUUCAAUACAAUCAACUUUCUGCUACAGGACCAUAGUUGCUGGACUAUACAUUGGCUAUUUCUUGCCCACCUUCUAAUGUCUCAAGUUUUUUAACUAUCAUUCUCUUGCUUUUAGUUGAACCCAGAAGAAAGACAAACUUAGCAAUUGAGGCAGUUUGCACUGUUAGCCUGAACUUUCUUAUUUCUCAUUUUGGGAGAUGGCUGAUCUCUCUUUGGGGCUGGCUCAUACUUGAAUUAUUCUGAGUUGCAGAGUCUGGCUGCACUUUGUGUGGUUGUCAGUCUGCACACUGCUGUUCAGGAUUCCUUAUUCUGUUUUUGAAACAGCCAUUUCUUCAUAUACAGAAACAAUGUAUCCUAAAAAUGGCCUAGUUUCUUUACAAUGCUUUGCAUCUUGGGUUGUUCAGUUACUGAAACCCAAUGCUGCGAACUGUAUGUUAUUUUAAACCAGUUCUACAAAAGACAAGGCCAUGAAGUUGAGUGAAAGUAAUGCAUGCAGGAUAUGGUUAAUAUUAAAACUGUGUUUUCAAGAGUUCAAACAAUUUGGAACUUUUACCAUUUGUAAAUUUUCCGUCUUCAGCUUAUACUCCAAGUUCUUGACUAUGCUUCAGUUACAGUUAAUUGAUGCAAUUGCUGCAGGCAUAAAACAGAUUGCAUUUUAUAAGUAAGCAACACACCCUUUGAAUCCUCAGAAAAAGUUUUGUAACAUGCAUCCACGGUCUUUGGAGCUUUUAUUUCUUUUGUCUCACUGAAUCAUAGAAGGGAGCUAUUUGACGCACCUUGCUCAAUUAUAGCUCUCAAUGAGGUUGAGGUGGGGCGAUGGUGGUUCAGUUAAAAGGUUAACUUGAAUGGUGGUAUAUUCUGCGGCAAACUUGCUCCACCACAUUUUAGUAGGCUGAAUCUUUGUUUAAAUACUUGUGACAUUCUGUUGCUGCUUCUGAUUUAUUCUCUUUUGUGCUUUGAGUGGCUGGGCAGCACUUGUCUUUGUAUUUCACUGAAAACCUUGAUGUAGAAUGCAGUCUGUUUUAAUCAUGUUGAUUUUGCAAAGUUAAUUUUUGAACACCAUUUUUUUCUAUUAGCAAAUAUGCUUAUUUUUCACUGCUGUAUAAAGUCUUUCUUGCCCCUGUCAUUCAUAUUUUGCAUUUUUGUUUUGAAUGGUCAGCUAAAUAGCUGAUGCAGAUUUUUUUUAUCAUGUUCACUUUGCAGGAAAAACAGACAACGCUUAUGAGCAUGCAUACCACUUAUGGUGGUACUACCUGCUUACGUAUAUAUCAUGUCAUUAUGCUGCCUAGGGAAAGAGGAAAAAAAAACAUCUGAAACUUAUGUUUUAAGAAUGAAUGAACCCUUGUUUGAAUUAUCUACUUUCUUUAUAUUUUUUAAAUAUUCUAUUAAAAUUCUCCCAAUUCACUUCCAGAAAUCACAGGGAUAGCUGUCAAUUCUGGUAAAUUCUCAGCCAGAUUGAGAAGAUUGGCCAACCAGUAGUUGGAAAUGCCAAGCCAGUAAUGGAAUGUUGGGAUAUUUAACAAACCUUUCACCUUGCCUUCAAUUAACCUCUCGUUCUGAUGACAAUUCACUGUUCAAUCUGCGUGAAUGUUGGUGGUGCCUUUGAUUUGAGCUCGAGCUUUAGUUUGGCCUUUUAACCAAAAUAUUUAAAUACAUUGUACUACUAAAAACUGACCACUUUUGAAUAUAUUGAACAAAUGAAAAAAAUUGCACUCUUGGAGCUGUUACAGACAGCAAGUUUAUUAUUCAGCUGUCUUUUUAAUAAAAAAACUAUCCAAACUGCACGGUAUACUGGCCUGUUGCUAAUCUGGAGAGUGUUUGCAUGUGUUGAUAAUUUAAUUGCUACCUACCAUUGUUUCUUUAUCUGGCAGUUUUGAAAAUACUUUAUUAAACCAAAGUCAUUUGCCAUUUUAUAAUGUGCAUCAUAUUAUAUUGCUAAAAUUAGCAAUAAUCACUUAAAAGGAGUGUUCUGAAGAAACCGAAAUGCUAACUCUGAUUUCUCUCCAGAUGCUGCCAGACCUCCUGAGAUUUUGCAGCAAUUUGUUUUUGUUUCUGAUUUCCAGCCCCCACAGUUCUUUUGGUCUUUUACAUUGGAUUUUUCAGUUUGAUUCACCUUGAGAAAUAUUUCCACUCAGACCUUACCACUUUCAGACAAAGGUAUAAUCCAGUUUCUGAAGAGCCAUAAAAUUAACUUUGACCCUCAGUUGUACUUUGAAUGAAUAAUAACUGGGACCAAAAAUUCUUCUCACCUUGACACCAAAUUGACUGACUUGUCAGGUGUAAGUAGAACUGUCGGUUACCCUGCUUGAGAAGUAUUUGUUCAGUCUUGUUGUUUUACGAAAACAUUCAGUGCAAUAGUUAUUUAUUGUGUGGUCAUUUUGUACUUUCCAUUGAAUCAUAAUGAAGUGCGAUUUGUUUGCAAGACAGUAUGUGCAUUAUUCGACUUUUGAGCCCAGUGCUACCAAAGCAAAACAAAAUUCCACAUGGUACUUGUUCAAAGCCAUUUCAACACUUUUAGAUCUUUAUUUGUCAUGAACAAAUUUGUUUCUUUUUGGAUUCCUAUGAUGAGUAGAAUUUUGUAAGGUAGAAUUGACUCCAUUUAUAGAAAAUUAAAUGAACUGAAAAGUUCAAAUUUUGGCCGCAUGAAGCAUCUAGUGGUACUUUACAAUGGAAGGCAUUUUACUUGUAUCUUUUCUAUGGUCUUCCUCCUAAUAAAUCGCUGCUGUAAUAUUAAUGCAAAUUAUUGUGCUGCAGUUGCAGCUGCACGUAGUGUCCAGGCUGUCUGUAAGACCACAAGGUCUAAUUGAGGCCAUUCCGAUACAAAUUGCUGUUUAAAUAUAUAUCAAGGUCAUUCAGAGGCUGAGGUGGGUGGGGGGGGGAAGAGAAAAAGGCUUUGUGACUUCUAAAACAAAUGGUUCAUUUGGCCUUUAUCAAAGGCUGUAUAGUCCAAUCCAGCACCACCUCUCUAGUCACCUCUUCUCUCUCGCUCCUUGACGUGUGUGCAUCACAGUCCCAGUUUCAAACAUUCGGUAAACUGAAUGAACGUCCAACACUAGCAACAUAUAAAUUGCUUGGAAUUUUACGUAUAAUAUGAAAUUAUAUACUUCAUUACAGAUGCAUCUGUAUUUGGAGGGGCGAACAACUUGUUAAACAGGGUGAUUCUCAUGUUUUCGCUCUGCUUCCCAAUCCCAUUAAGCUCCUUCCCCGGUAGCAAAGGAUAUAUUUGUGUUCAUGUGUAGUUUUAUUCUUAACCAAAACAGUGCCUUGUUUUUCAGGAAAGCUCAUCUAAACUGAAAGGAUAGAGAGAUUCUGGUCUUGAAUUGUGCCAGCCAAAAUUUGUAUCUAAUUCACUCAGUUACCUUUUUAACGAUGCAACAAUGCACACUGCUUUUAUUGUACAGUUUACACAAGUAUCAAAUGAAGCAUAGUGUUUAAAUCAAAUAAUUAAUAUCAAGGCAAUAGACUUAUCAGCUCUGCAUUCGGACUUGGUUCUUCUGGUGGGCUGUUUUCCUCUAGUCAGAGCUUUGAUAGGCUAUCUUCAACUACAGUGUCAGAUCUCCCAUGACAUCCAAUGUUACCUGUCUUGCUAUUUGGGGUAUGAGUGACAUUUAAUAGAGAUCUAGUUUUGUCCAGUCACCGCCAUUGAAGUGCAUUAAUGAUUUAGCUGUUUGUCACAUGUCACUUAAUUUCACUACAUGUUAAACCACUUGACACAAUCUUUCAUGCUUUGAUACGUGAUUGAAAUCCAUUGUCACUCCCUCCUCAGUUUAAUCGGUGUGCAGACCAUCAGGGCUUUGUCUAUCUUUUUUUUUCUUUAACUGCCUCAGCAGUCUUUGAUCACUUUAGAUUCUCAGUCCUGUGGAAUUUUGGCUUUUAUCUGUUGUAUGUUGUUUUAAGAGGCUUUCAAGAAGGUUUUAGAAGCUCAGAAGUUUCAAUGUUAUGAGGAUUUCUUUCUUUCCAGUUUUUACACUCAUUGUCUAAAAUGAUCAACCCAGAACCUAAUUUAGCUCUGUUACCUAUAUACUGUAUUGUUUUUUUUUCAGUCUAGAGCUGUGAAUACUAUCAAAAUAUAAAACUGAAGUCAAGUGGUGUUUACAAUCAGUUUUGCAAACCUUUGCACUUGGAAUUAAUUAUGCAGAAUGUUUGCAUUGAAUAAUGCAUGAGUUUCAAUUUUACAGAAGGACCAAAGUAAACAACUAGCAUAGCUUUUAUAUAAAAAAAAAUCAACUGGUGUUUGUAAAGAUAUGUCCAAUUGUAAAUAAAGC